AAAAUUGUCUAUUCUUACCUAUAUAUUAUUCUCCUUAACUAAUUCUUAUAACACUAACAAGAACAACUGAACAUUUUUGCAGAGAAGAAAAUUCUGAAAAAUGGGCGGAAGAGCUACUUAUAUGGAUCUUCCGAUGACUCAAAUUAAAAAUUCAUCCGCGGCGGUGCUCCACACUCUGUGUCCUUCUUCUUCAUCUUCUACAAUUAAUUUUCCAGUCUCCAUUAAUAACAACACAUCACCUCUUACUGUUGCACAAUCUUCCUGUGAAACUUGCUGCGCUCAUGGCAAAGAAGAAGAUAAGAGAGCAAGUACUGUUAGGUUUUUGUAUAAUGAUGUUUUUGGUUCUGUUCCAUCUCAAUUUGAAGUUGAAACUGCCGUAGCUGCUCUUGAAAAGUUUGUUAUGAAGGGAUUUUCUUCGUGUGGUGUGUUGCAAGUGUUGGAUACAUAUGUUAGAGUUGAGGAUGCUUUUCGUUUGCUGCAAACUGACCCUGUAAUUAAGAAGCUGGUGGUCUCACUAUCGUCUGAUAAAGCUGUAUGGAAUGCUAUUCUCAACAAUCAGACGCUGCGGCAGAUUCGAGGAUCGCUCCUCUGUCUAGCUGAAAAUUGUAGGAUUCAAGGCAGUAAUCAAGAAAGGGAUGCUGUUACCUGUAUAUUGGAUUGGAUUCUGAGCAUUACCAACUCUACAUUUUCUGAACUUGUACUGAAAUUUCAGUCAUUGAUGAAUGAGAUUUUCAAAUCUCCGGAGAAGAAGAGAACACCUGCAGCAAAUAGGAGAAAGGAUGUAGAUGACAAAAUUGGAUCAUCAUUGUUUCUCUCAGUUGUAAUACUCAUGAUUGUGGUUAUGGCAAGGCUUCUCAGGAUUUGAUUUA